CAGUGCACCGUUCCUCGGAAAACAGGAUAAAAAUAAGGCCGCGCCGUUCUCAUGAACAUAUCGGAAAUUCUUCCCGUCGAACUUAUUACCACCGAAAUACUAUUACGGCCUGACGUGAAUUCUCUUAUGCUACUGAAGUUUGUGAGUAAGCCAUGGAACACCCUCAUCUCCGAUCCCAUCUUCGUCAAAAUGCACCUUAAACUAUCUAAAUCUAAAGGAAACCUACGGCUCGCACUUUUCUCGAACAAAAACCUACGUCUGCAAAUUCGCGCGGGUGGACGUGGAUGUUCUUAUACUGUUACUGUCGCACCCACCUCGGUGAGUCUUUUGCUGGAGAGUACGACGAGUUCUAUCCCAAUUGCAGACGAUCUUCAGUACCAAUUCAGUUGCGUUGACUGUUGUGGGAUCAUUGGUUCAUGCAAUGGAUUAAUCUGCUUGCACGGUUGUUUUCAUGGUUCUGGGUAUAAAAAGCACUCCUUCUGUUUUUGGAAUCCUGCCACAAGGUCAAAAUCUAAAACAUUACUGUAUGUUCCCUCGUAUCUUAAUCGUGUAAGGUUGGGGUUUGGGUAUGAUAACUCAACAGACACGUACAAGACGGUAAUGUUCGGAAUUACCAUGGAUGAAGGCCUAGGAGGAAAUCGUAUGAGAACUGCCGUGGUCAAAGUUUUCACUUUGGGUGAUAGUAUUUGGAGAGAUAUUCAAAGUAGUUUUCCGGUGGAAUUGGCGCUCCGUAGUAGGUGGGAUGACAUUAAAUACGAUGGUGUGUAUCUGAGUAACAGUAUUAGCUGGUUGGUUUGCCACCGUUAUAAAUGUCAACAGAAGAAUCUUACAACCGAACAAUUUGUGAUUAUUUCGCUUGAUUUGGAGACAGAGACAUAUACACAGUUGCAACUCCCUAAAUUGCCAUUUGAUAAUCCAAAUAUUUGUGCGUUGAUGGAUUGUAUUUGUUUUUCUUAUGAUUUUAAAGAAACUCAUUUUGUUAUAUGGCAAAUGAAGGAAUUUGGAGUUGAAGAGUCUUGGACUCAAUUCCUUAAAAUUAGUUAUCAGAAUCUUGGAAUAAAUUAUAUACUUGGUCGCAAUGGUUUUCUAGUGCUUCCGGUGUGUCUUUCUGAGAAUGGUGCAACACUGAUUGGCAAUUAAAAAAGGAAACCAAGCAGUUCUCUAUAACCUGAGAGAUAACAAAGUAAAGAAAAUUGAAAAAACCAAUAGAAUUUGGUGGUGUGUUGCUAGAGAUUAUGUUGAAAGCUUGGUAUCAACGUGUUGAAAGAUAUAAUUGAACACUAUCAGGAGUAAGCCAUGUUUAUUCCUACUCCCAAGCCCCGACUAAAUGCUCAAAGGAGCUACUAGCAAAGAAUUGAAGACUAUAUUACCAUUUUGGUUUGGAUAGAUUUACACUUGCUUU